AUGAACUUUGCAAGAAACGAUGAAGUUAUCAAAGGAAGGAAAAAAGAUAAUAUAGAACAAUUCAUAGGAAGUUCGCAAUUUUUCUUAGAAAAUGGAUUAUCACAAUUACGAUAUAUGAUAUUAAUUGAAGGAUUAACAAUACCAGAAGGGUACGAUCAAUGUCCAUAUAGAUGUUAUGUAUGGUCCAUAUUAAGUCGAACUUCAACUUUUCCCACAAAAAAUUAUGUACAAUUGUUAACAGAACUGGAAAAUAAUUUAUCUACUGAAAUACUAUCUAAGAUCAAAAAUGAUACAUUUAGAACAUUAAUGAAUGAUCAAAAAUUUCAUCAAAAAGUAAAUGAGGAAUUUUUAAUACGAAUAUUAUCAUGUAUUGGAAUAACAAAUAAAGUAGGUUAUGUACAAGGUCUUAAUGUGUUGUUGGCUCCUAUAGCUUAUUGUUGUCAUAAAAGUGAACCUCAAGCUUUUGCAAUACUACAUACAAUAAUAACUUAUCAUAUACCAUUAUAUAUAACACCCAACCUAGAAGGUGUACAUACGGGGUUAAGUUUAGUUGAUACAGUUUUAAAAAUUAUAGAUCCAGUUUUGAGUGAUUAUUUAGAUUCAAAAUUUUUAAAACCUGAAAUUUAUGCAUUUCCAUCAGUAUUGACAUUAAGUGCUUGUACUCCACCUUUAAAAUCAGUUUUAAAAUUAUGGGAUUUCUUAUUUGCUUAUGGAUUUCAUAUGAAUAUUUUGUUUGUUGUUGCUCAAUUGAUCAUAAAUAGAUCUGCCAUUUUGGAGUCAGAACAACCAAUGAAAAUAUUAAGGAAUUUCCCAAAUCUCGAAGAAAAUGAAAUAAUAAAGUUAAGUUUAAGUUUUAUACCUGAAUUACCUAAAUCACUUUAUGAAUUAAUUGCAAGACAUGGAUUUGAUAAAAGUGUGCCAAAAAAGUUAAAAGCUUAUAUAGCAGAGACUUUAUAG